UAUUGGAUGCCAACCGCCGUUACACUCCAAAGAAGAAGAAGUAGAAGAAGAGGCGCAACUCAGGGUGCCCAAAACUUUUGGAGAAACGUCAGAAUCUGAAGAGAACUCGGUCAAGUCGUGAGAUCUUGUAUCCAGGACCGCAUCAGUGUAGAAUAAUGAUGUAAAGAUGGCGGAGCUACAAAUGCUUUUGGAAGAAGAAAUCCCAGCCGGUCGGAGAGCGUUACUGGAUAGUUUUACGAAUCUCGAAAGAGUUGCUGAUUACUGCGAAAGCAACUAUGUGCAGUCCCCAGAUAAGCACCGAGCCCUGGAGGAGACUAAGGACUAUACGUCCCAGUCCCUGGCCAGUGUAGCCUAUCUGAUCAACACCUUGGCUAAUAAUGUCCUCCAAAUGCUUGAUAUCCAGGCGUCGCAGCUCCAACGCAUGGAGUCUUCCAUCAACCAUAUCUCUCAGACGGUGGACAUCCACAAGGAAAAGGUGGCAAGGAGAGAGAUUGGAAUCCUGACUACCAAUAAGAACACAUCUCGCACCCACAAAAUCGUUGCUCCAGCCAAUCCGGAGAGGCCAGUACGCUACAUCCGUAAACCUAUAGAGUACAAUGUGCUGGAUGACAUCGGCCAUGGAGUCAAGGUCAACAGCCAGAAUAUGAAGAUGGGUGGAGGUCUCCCUCGAACCAACCCCCCAACCCAGAAACCGCCCAGCCCCCCCAUGCCAGGGAUGGGAACCAUUGGGCGCCACUCCCCCUAUCGGACGCUGGAGCCCGUUCGUCCUCCUGUGGUCCCUAACGACUAUGUCCCCAGCCCCACACGCAGCAUGGCCCAGCAGGAGAGUCCUGUACUCACCACUACAGUUAACCAGCGGACACACACCUACAGCAGUGGAGGCAGUCACCCCAACAGUCACCCCAACAGUCACCCCAACAGCAGUGGAGGCAGUCACCCCAACAGUCACCCCAACAGCAGUGGAGGCAGUCACCCCAACAGCAGUGGAGGCAGUCACCCCAACAGUCACCCCAACAGCAGUGGAGGCAGUCACCCCAACAGUCACCCCAACAGCAGUGGAGGCAGUCACCCCAGCAGCAGUGGAGGCAGUCACCCCAACAGUCACCCCAACAGCAGUGGAGGCAGUCACCCCAACAGCAGUGGAGGCAGUCACCCCAACAGCAGUGGAGGCAGUCACCCCAGCAGCAGUGGAGGCAGUCACCCCAGCAGCAGUGGAGGCAGUCACCCCAACAGCAGUGGAGGCAGUCACCCCAGCAGCAGUGGAGGCAGUCACCCCAGCAGCAGUGGAGGCAGUCACCCCAGCAGCAGUGGAGGCAGUCACCCCAGCAGCAGUGGAGGCAGUCACCCCAGCAGCAGUGGAGGCAGUCACCCCAGCAGCAGUGGAGGCAGUCACCCCAGCAGCAGUGGAGGCAGUCACCCCAGCAGCAGUGGAGGCAGUCACCCCAACAGCAGUGGAGAGAACAGUGGGAGUGGCUCUGUUGGAGUACCCAUCGCUAUGCCAACAGGCUCUCCAACAGGGACCUCUCCUCCUGCUACCCAAUCCCCACCGUCCGCACCUGACCGCGCCCCUAACACUGAGGCCCAAUCGGCUGAGGCCCCUCUUCCCGCCCAAUAUCCUCUCUCUGCUGCAGCAAUCUCGGCGGAAGUCUCAGAUGCACCUCCUCCUGCAGAGGAGGAGGAGUCGGCCGUGAUUGAGUACAGUGACCCCUACGCCGAUGAGGACCCUCCCUGGGCGCCACACACCUACCUGGAGAAAGUUGUCGCCAUCUACGACUACGCAGCAGACAAGGAGGACGAGCUGUCGUUCAACGAGGGCUGUAUCAUCUAUGUGAUCAAGAAGAAUGACGAUGGCUGGUACGAGGGGACUAAGACUGGUACCUCCGGGCUCUUCCCUGGUAACUACGUAGGGUCCUUCAUGCAUAACGCAGACUGAGGCCACCUUCCCUCCAAGCCCCAACCCCAGAGACACACUCUGAACCACAUCCCAGAAGAGAACAGGGAGGAGAUAGCUGUGUACCCAAUGCAUGGAUAACAUGUAUCUAUAUACGGGUUGUACAGACUACCAUGCAGACUAAUUAGUGUACCUGUAUACGGGUUGUACAGACUACCAUGCAGACUAAUUAGUGUACCUGUAUACGGGGUGUACAGACUACCAUGCAGACUAAUUAGUGCAUUGGGGUGUACAGACUACCAUGCAGACUAAUUAGUGCAUUGGGGUGUACAGACUACCAUGCAGACUAAUUAGUGCAUUGGGGUGUACAGACUACCAUGCAGACUAAUUAGUGUACCUGUAUACGGGGUGUACAGACUACCAUGCAGACUAAUUAGUGUACCUGUAUACGGGGUGUACAGACUACCAUGCAGACUAAUUAGUGUACCUGUAUACGGGGUGUACAGACUACCAUGCAGACUAAUUCGUGCAUUGGGGUGUAAAAAGGAGACAGUGAAGAUAAUUGGUGGAGGAGACUUGAUUACUGACUCAGGAAAAGAGAAGAGGAGAAUCAAGACUGGGCUUCUGCUCACUGUGAAGUGAGAGACACACUACCAUACACCAUCGAAACUCAACAAGUAAUAACUACCAAUAACAAUCAUUUAUAAGACAUAUGAAGGAUAAACUGUUUUAAUUUAAAAAAAACUGUUUUAUUCCCUGUGUUUGGAAGGAAAGACGAGUGUUGGGGUUAUGCUAACUCCUCUAUCCUGAGGAAAAGAAACGAGUGGUCACCAUGGUUAUCUUCAUGGCUUUUUGCCAUGUUCACGUUGCCUGUGUAGGGGUUGGCUGAUAUGUCUCGGAUCUGUGAGUCUGGUCUGCAGAUGCAGAGCACCACAUUCCCUAUGUAGUGCACUAUUUAGGGAAUAGGGUGCACUAUUUAGGGAAUAGGGUGCCAUUUGAGACGCAUUCAUAGAAUAUUGGUACUUUCCCCCUUGUAGCGCUGAAUAUAAUGGACUUCCUGUCUCUGACAGUAGUGGAAGGCAUCGGUCAGCCCUCUUCCUGUCUCUGACAGUAGUGGAAGGCAUCGGUCAACCCUCUUCCUGUCUCUGAUAGUAGUGGAAGGCAUCGGUCAACCCUCUUCCUGUCUCUGAUAGUAGUGGAAGGCAUCGGUCAACCCUCUUCCUGUCUCUGAUAGUAGUGGAAGGCAUCGGUCAACCCUCUUCCUGUCUCUGACAGUAGUGGAAGGCAUCGGUCAACCCUCUUCCUGUCUCUGACAGUAGUGGAAGGCAUCGGUCAGCCCUCUUCCUGUCUCUGACAGUGGAAGGCAUCGGUCAACCCUCUUCCUGUCUCUGACAGUAGUGGAAGGCAUCGGUCAACCCUCUUCCUGUUUCUGACAGUAGUGGAAGGCACCGGUCAACCCUCUUCCUGUCUCUGACAGUAGUGGAAGGCACCGGUCAACCCUCUUCCUGUCUCUGACAGUAGUGGAAGGCAUCGGUCAGCCCUCUUCCUGUCUCUGACAGUGGAAGGCAUCGGUCAACCCUCUUCCUGUCUCUGACAGUAGUGGAAGGCAUCGGUCAACCCUCUUCCUGUUUCUGACAGUAGUGGAAGGCACCGGUCAACCCUCUUCCUGUCUCUGACAGUAGUGGAAGGCACCGGUCAACCCUCUUCCUGUCUCUGACAGUAGUGGAAGGCAUCGGUCAGCCCUCUUCCUGUCUCUGACAGUAGUGGAAGGCAUCGGUCAACCCUCUUCCUGUCUCUGAUAGUAGUGGAAGGCAUCGGUCAACCCUCUUCCUGUCUCUGACAGUAGUGGAAGGCAUCGGUCAACCCUCUUCCUGUCUCUGACAGUAGUGGAAGGCACCGGUCAACCCUCUUCCUGUCUCUGACAGUAGUGGAAGGCAUCGGUCAACCCUCUUCCUGUCUCUGACAGUAGUGGAAGGCAUCGGUCAACCCUCUUCCUGUCUCUGACAGUAGUGGAAGGCACCGGUCAACCCUCUUCCUGUCUCUGACAGUAGUGGAAGGCACCGGUCAACCCUCUUCCUGUCUCUGACAGUAGUGGAAGGCAUCGGUCAACCCUCUUCCUGUCUCUGACAGUAGUGGAAGGCAUCGGUCAACCCUCUUCCUGUCUCUGACAGUAGUGGAAGGCAUCGGUCAACCCUCUUCCUGUCUCUGACAGUAGUGGAAGGCAUCGGUCAGCCCUCUUCCUGUCUCUGAUAGUAGUGGAAGGCAUCGGUCAACCCUCUUCCUGUCUCUGACAGUAGUGGAAGGCAUCGGUCAACCCUCUUCCUGUCUCUGACAGUAGUGGAAGGCAUCGGUCAGCCCUCUUCCUGUCUCUGACAGUAGUGGAAGGCACCGGUCAACCCUCUUCCUGUCUCUGACAGUAGUGGAAGGCAUCGGUCAACCCUCUUCCUGUCUCUGACAGUAGUGGAAGGCAUCGGUCAACCCUCUUCCUGUCUCUGACAGUGGAAGGCAUCGGUCAACCCUCUUCCUGUCUCUGACAGUAGUGGAAGGCAUCGGUCAACCCUCUUCCUGUCUCUGACAGUAGUGGAAGGCAUCGGUCAGCCCUCUUCCUGUCUCUGACAGUAGUGGAAGGCACCGGUCAACCCUCUUCCUGUCUCUGACAGUAGUGGAAGGCACCGGUCAACCCUCUUCCUGUCUCUGACAGUAGUGGAAG